AAUAGCAGAGUGCGAAGCGACGGAGUACAAGCCUUGAUCUCCGAUUUUUAAAACUGAAGUUAUACUGGAUUCUGCAUAUGGAAAUUACUUCAUUGAUAUUUGUACGGUGAAUGGAUUGGGUGAUCUGAGUUAUAUAUUUUUUUCUUGUUAUUUUCAGUGCAAACUAUUUUGCAGUAAACUAAGCUCAGCCCGCGUUAGAGGUAGCUAGCUUGCACAUCGUAGCUAGUUUGAGAACCCUUGCUCGUUAGCUAAGUGAGCUCAACUUGUGUUCGACGAGGCACUGCGAUCGUGUUUUAAUACUUUAACAUGGGUCUAAUAAAUAUGGCAAGUAAUGUGAAAUCAAGCUUUACGCAGCUCUGCAAAAAUCUGCAAGACCCACAUCAUGUAGCGAGGUUUCAGAAGAUUUGCGGUGUGAAUGGGACAUUUUCUGGGAUUUCAAAAGAAAGUAAGUCUGAACAGGAACAGCUUUACAACGGAACCGGCAUUAAGCGCUGCCAGGGUGAAAGUGACAAUCAUGACAUUUACGCUGGUAAAGAUAAAGUUACCGACGGACACCGGCAAAGAAAACCCACCACGACGGGCACCCGUGUGGAGCAGGAUGGCUGUAAAAACGGCAUGCCGAACGGAACAGGUCUGACUAUCGGAGCUGGCGGCGAGACUGGAGGAUACACCGCGAACUCUUUCCAUUCUGGUAUCACCGGUGCAUCCCAGUCAGAAAACCCAAGUAACGGCUGCGGUCUGGACCGCAUUUCAGAUAAGGAUACCGAGAGUCGGAACGAGGAUUCCAAAUACGGGAACACAGUAAAACCCACGCGCAAGAACUCACUGACUGGUGAUAUUGGGCAGGCAUUCUUAAUCGAGAAUAAGUUUUUGUAUUACCUGUUCUCUUUCGGAACCGAACUGGGGAAUGAACUCUUCUACAUCACUUUUUUCCCUUUCAUAAUUUGGAAUGUUGACACCUUUGUGGGUCGGAGGCUGAUUAUCGUCUGGGUUUGGGUCAUGUACCUGGGCCAGUGCACCAAAGACGUCAUCCGGUGGUCUCGUCCGGCCUCGCCGCCCGUGGUCAAAGUGGAGAUGUUCUACAACUCGGAGUAUAGCAUGCCCUCAACGCACGCCAUGUCAGGCACUGCUAUACCGUUUGAGAUAUUACUACUUACUUACACUCGAUGGGAGUACCCCUUCUCGCUGGGCCUGGUGCUGUCCUUCAGCUGGUGCCUCCUGGUCUGCCUGAGCCGGAUCUACAUGGGCAUGCACUCCAUCCUGGACAUCAUCGCCGGCAUCCUCUACAGCAUCCUGAUCCUGGUGGUGUUCCAGCCGGCUCUGGAGGUGAUCGACAACUUCAACCAGACCUGCCAGUACGCCCCCCUCAUCAUCACCUCCCUGCACCUGGCCAUGGGCCUCUUCUCCUUCACCCUGGACACCUGGAGCACCUCCCGGGGGGACACCGCCCAGAUCCUGGGCUCCGGGGCCGGCAUCGCCCUGGGCUUCCACCUCAACAACCGGCUGGGCCUGGUCCCCGACCCGCCCCUGUCCCAGCUGCCCCUGGCCGUGCCGGCCCUCAGCGCGGGCCUGGGGGGGCUGUGCCUGCUGAGGUUCGUCGUGGGCAUGGCGGUGCUCCUCCUCACGCGAGCCGUGAUGAAGGCCCUGACCAUCCCGCUGGUGUGCCGUCUCACCGGAGUGCCCAGCCACGACGUGCGCAAGGCGCGGCAGCACAUGGAGGUGGAGCUGCCGUACCGUUACAUCGUCUACGGCACGGUGGGCUUCAACAUCGUCUGCCUGGUCCCCCAGGUCUUCCGCUGGCUCCGCCUGCUCUGAUAGCCGCCGUUAGUGCCCCCCCCCCCGCCUCCACCCUCCAAACCCAGCCUUGGGCUUCUGGAGAAAGAACACGACACCUUUGGGUGUGAUUUCCACCCGAACUGUGUGCUUUAAUGAUUACUAUUGUAUUACUUCGAUGACUCAAGUCUUAAAUCUGUUUUUUUUGUUUUGUUUUGUUUUUUUUCCCCCUUCCUGAUUUUGUUUUGUGCUGUCCUCAGGGCCUGGCUGUUAGACGUCCAUGUGAGCAGAGUCAUAGAAGGACGUCUGCGGUUGUGAGGGUGGUACAGGGGUUUGGUUAGAAGGAGUCUGUGCAGCACUUC